AAGCAAUUGACUAGACUGAAGUUCACCAAGAACAGAAGAAAAGCAGUAGCAAGAGGACCACAGGGCAGCAGACCUACACCAUAAUAAGAGCAGAUGGUGACCUACAAGUUAACUGUUGCUACAGGUAUAGAUAAGUAUGCGGGAACCUUUGACUAUGUGUAUGGGACAGUGAUCGGCGAGCUUGGGCAAAGUCAAAAAACUGCCUUAGACAAUGCAGGAAGAGACCAUUACCGUGGAUGUGUUGGAGAAUAUGAUGUUAAUAGCAAAGCUCCACUUGGUGACAUCUGGUUUGUGGAACUAGAGAAGCGCAAUUAUAUUGGUGAUGACUGGUUUUGCCGUUACUUGGAGGUGAAGUGUCCUGAUGGGUCUUGUAAGAGAUUUCCCUGCUACCGCUGGAUUGUAGGCAAUGCGACGAUCAGGCUACGUGAGGGUUCAGCUAAGAAAAUGAAGGAUGAAAUUACACAUGACUUCCUCCUCCACCGGGAAAAAGAACUGCAGGAACGGCAGCAGAUAUACAGAUGGAAGGCUUGGAGACCAGGAAUUCCCAAGUGCAUUGAUGCCACAUCUGAGAACGAUUUAGCUUUAGACCAUCGAUUCAACUAUCAGAAGACUUCUGAUUUCAAGAAAUCAGUUCAUUCAGCCUUUAAUGAUCUCAACAUCAAGAAUCUACUCUGUAAAUGGAAGUCCUGGAAUGACCUGGAAGAUUUUCGAAAUAUUUUAUUCAAGCCAAGCCCCAUAACAGAGUAUGUUAUGGAGCACUGGAAGGAGGACUGGUUUUUUGGCUACCAGUUCUUGAAUGGCUGCAAUCCCCGAAUGAUCAAAAGUUGUUUUAACCUUCCUGAAAAAUUCCCUGUAACAGAAGACAUGGUGCAGGCCACCCUGGGCCCCAACACAACUCUGAACAAAGAAAUGGAGGAUGGGAAAAUUUACCUGGUUGACUACUGCAUUCUGGAGGGCAUUCCUGUCAAUGUGAUCAAAGGCAAACGUCAGUAUGUUACAGCCCCUCUGUGCCUGCUGUAUGAUCACCCCAAGAGAGGACUGAUACCACUGGCAAUACAGAUACAACAGAAACCUGGCCAGGACAACCCCAUCUUCCUGCCUUCUGACCCUGAACUUGACUGGCUUUUAGCAAAGAUGUGGGUUCGACAUGCUGAAUUUCAAGUCUAUGAGGCUCUGUCUCACCUUCUGCGUACACAUCUGGUCAGUGAGGUGUUUUGUAUAGCCACCAUGAGACACCUGCCCACUGUUCACCCUGUUUAUAAGCUUCUGAUUCCCCACAUGCGUGACACUAUGCAAAUCAACAACAAUGCCCGUUUGAAUCUCAUCUCAGAGAAUGGAAUCUUCAAAGAGAUAGUAUCCACAGGAGGGGAAGGAUUGGCCUUAUUGGUGCAGAAGGAAUGUCAAGUCAUGAAUUUCAGGUCUCUUCUGCCCCCCUUUGACUUUGAGGACAGAAAUGUGAGCCGGCUAAAGAACUACUUCUACAGAGACGACAGCCUAAAACAAUGGGAGGCCAUGAAGAGUUUUGUGUCUAGCAUUGUGGAUCUAUACUAUUCCUCUGACACAGAUGUUAUGGAAGACAAGGAGCUGCAGAACUGGAUUCAUGAUGUUGUUACAGAAGGCUUUAGGGACCUUCACCAGUUUGGUCUGUCAAGUGAAAUAAAAGAUAAAACAGAGCUUGUCACUAUAUUAGCAGGGGUCAUCUUCACAAGCUCUGCCCAGCAUGCUGCAAUUAAUAGUGGACAGUUUGACUGGUGCUCAUGGGUGCCAAACACACCCUGCAGUAUGCGGUGUCCUCCACCCACUAGAAAGGGUUUAGCUACCAUGGAUUUGAUCAUAAAUACACUCCCAGAUGUACAUAUGUCAUGUUUUGAGGUGGCUAUCACAUGGGUCCUCAGUCGAGAGUUGCCUACUGCAGUCUGGCUUGGUCAAUACCCAGAGGAUUAUUUCAUUGAGAAGGCUGCCAAAGAUCAUAUUGAAAAGUUCCAAGAGGCACUCAAGAAGAUUGAAAAGUCAAUCGAUGAAAGGAAUGCAAACAGUCAGCUGAAAUACGAGUACCUGAGUCCAAGAAAGAUUGAGAAUAGCGUUGCUAUAUAAAGAGCAAUCUGUGAUGUGCAGGUGUGUUUUGGAAAAAAACCAAAACUUUCCUCUAUUUUCAAUUAAAUAGUUCUCAGAGGCCAGAUGAAAAUGCAGAACGAUUCUUUAUUUGCACAUAGAUAUGCAAAUAUCUCAGUCCAUAGAAUGAGCAAU